CAAGCUCUAAAUUCAAUAUUUAAUACUUUUAAUACCUCGACAACAGCCAACGUCAAUUGAGCGCAACAUGGCUGCGAGAGUGCUGCUGCGACGGCGUGUCGCCGCGCCUUUCAUGGCCGCAACUCUGGUCGGAGGAGCUUUAUUUCCCUCGGUUGCGCUGGCUGAAGCACCAUCACACGACUACUUCAACAAUAAAAAGCCUAUCUACGACGACUUCGAGACCUUCCUCCCUCCAAAAUCCAGCAAAACCCCCGUCCCCUCCCCGGCCUCAGACACCAUACCACCCGCCUCAUCACCAGACUCGCUCCUCCUCCCCGAGCCCAAACAGCACAGCCCAACGCCUACGGACAGGCUAGCAGUCCAGAUAGGCAAGGCGCGGCUAUUCCUAUACAGGUACGCUACCGUGACCGAAGAUGCCGUCAACAAUACCAUCGAUGCAGCCUUCGGACUCGAGCGAUCCUUCACCGAGACCGUAGCCUCCCUCGCGCCCUCCCGCGAGAGCGGCGAGAAGCUAAUGCCAGGACUUGUGUACGUGCUCGUAGCGUCGAUGGCCGGCAGCAUCGCAAGCCGAAACCGGAACAUAUUCCUACGAGCCUCCAUCCCUCUAGCCUUCGGCAUCGGCGCUGGCUGGCUCUUAAUUCCCGUCACCAUGACCAACGUAUCCGACCUACUAUGGACAUACGAGCGACGGUUCCCUGCUCUAGCCGACGCGCACCUGAAGACGAAGCAGGGUGUUCAGGAUGCGUGGCGUUUCGCCAGGGUCCAUGUUGACGUGGGCAAGAACUAUGUGGAUGACAAGGUUAGCGAUGCCCGGGAUAUCGUCGAGGGAUGGGUUAGGAAGGGUAAAUGAAUGGGGAAGAGGAAUAGAGAGGAUGGUGUUCGGUGGAACGAACGCUUCCUUGUACUAUAGAUCAAUGCAUAAUAGACAAACUUUGCUUGGUUCGAGGUUUUGUGGGAGAUACCUAUGUAAUUGAUGUCAAAUAAAAGUGAGAGCAUAUUUGAAUUUUGAAACAGAAA